AUGUCGGGUUGGAAGGAUAAAGGUAUGGGUAUUGUCAAGAAGGGUUGGCAUCCCGAGAAAGAAGGGACUUCACUCAGGGGUCAAGUCAAAGGCCUUAUCGGGCGAGGAGAUAAACCGUCUUCCCAUUCUUCUUCCGAGCGUAGCGCCACCCCGAUAUCCUCGUUGCGUGAUCCAUCCUCCUUCGGUCCCCCCCCUAAGCGUACCGGAGUUAGCGGGAAUGAGAUCGAAUCCAGGUCUCAAAGUCCCGUGUCCUCCGUACAUUCCGGGCACACAUAUGGCGUCCAACAACAGCACCACCAGCAGGUAGAAGAGCCCUCGGUAGAACCAAGACCGUACAGAGUCGACACUACAGGAUUAUCGACAUCAAACCUUCCUCCUCCGCCCGUAAGAAGAGGCAGCCCUGAUAAACGAGACCCGAUCCUACCUCCCUCUUCACACGUUAAACCGGGCGGACCACCCUCGCUACCCCCUCGGCUCCCACCGCGUAGCGGAAACGCGUCUCCGGUCCAAGCACAAAGCCCAGUCGCGACGGGACACAACCAAUCCUCAAAUUAUCUGAACCAAGGAGCUACCAAUCGAUUAGGAGCUGCUGGGAUUUCAGUCCCGGGUUUAGGAAUUGGAGGAAAGGCGGGAAGUUCUGCUCCCCCACUGCCUCCUGCUCGAUCGCCAACUACAACUUCGUCUGCAGGAGGAUUAUCAACGAAGCCAUCUAAUGGACAAUUAAGCGAACUACAAAGCCGCUUCUCUCGCCUCGGCACUAGCAAUGCUCAACAAGAGCCUACGACCGCACCAGCGCAGGGCACAACGUGGGCAGAGAAGCAGGCAGCAUUAAAGACAGCAGCAAGUUUCAGGAAAGACCCCUCAUCCGUAUCAUUUGCAGACGCGAAAGCCGCUGCCGGAACAGCGUAUAACUUCCAACAGAGGCACGGGGAUCAAGUUGCAUCAGGGUUGAAAACGGCAAAUGGGCUGCACCAACGAUUUGGAGGUGUGGAAGCUAAUGGGCAAGGAACAACGACAUCACCCAUGGGGCAGAUUUCAGGGGUCAUAGGAAAGAAGAAGCCUCCCCCCCCACCACCAGCUAAGAAACCUCAACUAUCCGGGGCCGGCAGCGAAAGUGUUCCACCCCCUGUACCGACGGCUUCGAGACCGAAAUUUUAA